GUUUAUCAAUUUCUCUCUCCCUUCUUUUAAUUUUAUUUAAUCAUCCUUUUAUCUCCCAGUUCCUCUAAUAGUCAGAUCGCCUUCUAUAGCAAUCGGAGGGACGUGAGCUCCUGGGAUUUCACGUGUCUUUGUUGAUCCGACUUAAAUUUAAGGUGCAUUAUUUUUUUUAAACAAUGUCGGUGCUAUUUCGUAAAAUAUCGCAAGUUGCUGUCAUAGGAACAGCUACAAGUAUAGGCUGGCUCUUAGGCUAUAAUAAAUCGCAUGAGAAAGUGAGGGUUGGCAUCCCAGGCAUUGAGACCGUCUCAGCAGCUAGUCAUCAAGGCAGCGUUAUUAACACACAAGUACCAGAUGUUGUCCCUUUGCCAGCUCCAAAUGCUCCACGGAUAGCACAGAUCAUGCGAUUUGGUUUUCCAAGUUUAUCAAAUGUAAGAUCACUGAAUGACUUUGUUUUGUCAUACGAUACAAGAAAUCGCAUCCCAUACUGGGUCUGUGAACACCUGACAGCAGAAAGUGUAGCCAAGAAUCCCAAUGUUGACCGAGCCAAGUGUAACUUUCACGAAGAUGCUUCAGUUCAUCAGUACUUCAGAGCUGAAAAUCGUGAUUACAAAGGGAGUGGUUUUGAUCGAGGACAUUUAGCUGCAGCUGGUAAUCAUCGCCGAUCCCAGGAGGAUUGCGAUGAAACCUUCCUCCUUUCUAAUAUGUCACCACAGGUAGGAAGAGGGUUUAACCGGGACAAGUGGAAUGACGUGGAGCAGUAUUGUCGACAGUUGACAAAGAGUUAUGCCAAUGUUUAUGUAUGUACUGGACCCCUGUUCUUGCCAAGACGUGAAGAGGACGGCAAGCUUUACGUCAAGUAUCAAGUGAUUGGCCAGAAUCACGUUUCAGUCCCAACCCAUUUCUAUAAAGUAGUUGUUUGUGAAAGCAAUACAGGAGAACUGGACCUGGAGUGCUUCCUGCUACCAAAUGUGGAGAUUGACGAUAGUGUACCUAUUGCAUCAUUCCACGUUCCUCUAGAAACUAUUGAAAGAGCAUCAGGCCUCCUUAUUUUUGAUAAACUCAAUCAAAAGAAAUUCAAGAAGAUUAAUGGUCAGAAGGUUGGAUGGUUUUAAGACUAGACGUUGACAAGAUGUUGAUAAUGACUCCAUAUGCAUUGAUGUUUUUUUGUUUUUUUUUUGUGAAAUUUAUUUAAUAUUAUUUGAUGAUGUAGAAUUCCAAUUGACUUGCCAUUGAUGUUAUGAAGAAAGUGCUUAAAGAUAUAGGAGUGAUUAAAUUAUUAUAGUUUAGUGAAAAUGAUUAUAAUUUUGUUAAUUUGUUGCAAAAAAAGUCUAACUUGUUGAUGUUAUUGUUCUUAUAAAAAUUGUUCUGAAUAUAAUGACCAAUUUGUUUUAUAUUUAAAAGCAACAUAAUCAGCUAUAUAGAAUUCUUUUGAAAUUGUUGAUUAGAUUUUUUUGUGGUUUACAGAUCAUUAUGAAUUUAUUAAUUAAUGUUAUUUCUAUUAAAGAUACUGGAUGUAUGAUAAGAAAAAUGGAAGAAAAUGAAAUAACUGAUACUAAGUAAAAUGUCUUGUCUGUGUCGGUUGUUAUAGUCAUGUGUGUUAUUUUUUUUUUUCUUCUUCUUCCUUUUACUUAAUAUAAUUUUACCUGCACAGUUGUAAAUAGUGUAAAUACUGUUACUAUGUUUUGGAUUAAUAAAAAGUGAAAUGUU